AUGGCCAUCGGGCCUGUGCCAUGGCUGGGCCCUCUGCUCCUGGUUUCCCUCUGGGCAUCCUCAACUCCAGCUUCCCUCCUUCGGCGCCUUGGUGAGCACAUCCUGAGGUUUCAGGAGAGCUCAGCCCUGGGCCUGGGGCUGGGCCCAGAUUCUGUGACCCUCCCAAAAGAGGGGUGGUUGGAGCAGCCACUGGACCCUUUCAAUGCCUCUGACAGACGCUCCUUCCUGCAGCGGUACUGGGUAAAUGACCAACAUUGGACCAGCCAGGAUGGACCUGUAUUCCUGCAUCUGGGCGGUGAAGGCAGCCUUGGACCUGGCUCAGUGAUGAGAGGGCACCCUGCAAAUCUGGCCCCAAUCUGGGGGGCCCUGGUGAUAAGUCUGGAACAUCGAUUUUAUGGCCUGAGUAUACCUGCUGAGGGGCUGGACAUGGCCCAGCUCCGCUUCUUGUCCAGCCGCCAUGCGUGAUCCCUGGUCUUAUCUUUUCUUCUCUGUCUUUCAGUCAUUUACAACAUCUCCUCCACCAGCCCCUGGAUCUGCUUUGGAAGCUCCUAUGCUGGCUUCGGAGGAUCCCCAUUUCCCCAUCUCUUUUUUGCCUCCAUCGCCUCUUCCGCUCCGGUGCGGGCCAUAUUGGAUUUCUCCAAGUAUAAUGACGUGGUGUCUAGAAGCCUAAAGAACACUGCGAUUGGCGGAUCCCUGGAGUGCCGGGCGGCGGCGUCUGCAGCCUUUGCGGAGGUGGAGCGGCGGCUGCACGCUAGCGGGGCGGCUCGGGCAGCGCUGCGCGCGGACCUGGCAGCGUGCGGGUCCCUGGAGCGCGCUGAGGACCAGGCAGAGCUCUUGGGGGCGCUGCAGGCACUCGUGGGAGGUGCGGUGCAGUACGAUGGGCAGGCUGGAGCGCCGCUGAGUGUGCGACUGCUCUGCAGACUCCUCCUCGAGAAUCGGGGCAACUGCAGCGGCUCUGCACCCUACCGCGGGCUUCGUCGGGCAGUGCAGGUUGUCACACACAGCCUGGGUCAGAAGUGUUUAAGCAUUUCUCGAGUGGAGACAGUGGCACAGCUGAGGGUCACAGAACUCCAAGUACCCAGUGUGGGUGACCGGCAGUGGUUGUACCAAACUUGUACCGAGUUCGGCUACUACGUCACCUGUGAGGUCCCUGGGUGCCCUUUCUCCCAGCUCCCAGCUCUGCCUUCCCAGCUUGAGUUAUGUGAACAGGUGUUUGGGCUUUCAACCUCAUCUGUAGCCCAGGCUGUGGCCCAGACCAACGCCUAUUAUGGUGGCCAGGCCCCAGGGGCCACCCAAGUGCUGUUUGUUAAUG